AGAAUGGUCGCUUAUCUUCCGAUGUGGCCAGUAUUAAACUAGAAGCGGUUGACAAUGGUUUGGAAGCGCCCAGAAGCAAUCCCCUAUCCCAAGGUUUGGCACAAGUUCCAAGCCAAGGGUUUACGCGAAGAUGGCCAACUGGAGUGGUACAUCGUUCAGGAUCUGCCGGAGGAGCGUUUCGAAGAUGCCAUGCGACACUUGAGUAAGCACUUCGCUCGCGAUGAACAGAUGAAUCAAGCCAAAGGGUUGGAUCAAGAUUCAACCGCCAUGGAGGAGGUCGUUCGGUUGUGGAAGGUUAUGCUGCCGGAGCGUUUGUCGUUGGUUUGCUUCCGAGAGGGUUCGGACGAAAUCGUGGGAGUUAACGUGCUUGGGGUGGCAUCCAAGUCCGAUGAGGACGAGCUGAAGUUCAAGAGUGACAUCUUUCAAACGAUCUUUGACACGAUCGGCUACAUAUCGCAACAGGCCAACGUUUUCGAGCACUAUGGAGUGGACCACUAUCUGAAUGCAAUGGGUCUGUCGGUGGACCCAGUCUAUCGGGGACGUGGGAUAGCAACCGAAUUGCUUCGAGCUAGAAGUCCUCUCUGCAAAGAGAUUGGCCUCAAGUUGACGUCGACAUGUUUCACGGGAAUUGGAUCACAGACUGCUGCCCGGAAGGCCGGGUUUGAAGAGAACUAUAGCAUUACUUAUGGAGAGCUGGCAAAAGUCGAUGAUCGGUUCGUGUUCCCUGGGCUUGAAGAGAAGAGCUGUAAAUAUAUGAGUUUGAAGAUUGAAUAAUUAAUUGAAAACCAA